GACGUUGACGAGUGUAAAGGAAACCAUUCCUGUCACGAGAAUGCAAACUGCACCAACACCUUUGGAUCACAUGUGUGCGAUUGUCAGCCUGGAUAUACUGGAAAUGGGCAAAAUUGCACAGGUGAAUUUGAUUCACAUAAGAGGAGUUCAUAUGUAUGUUGAUUGCUCAAUGGAGUAACUGCAAGGAGAGUUCAGAAAUAACAAGCUCUUGUUACCAAAAUGAGAAAACAAAAAAAACAAAAAACAACAAAAAAAAAAAACCUUAAAUGUAAUUAAUAUGUACGCUCCAUAAUAAGAGCUUGAAAAUGUAUUUUUUUGUUUCGUACUAUAAUGAUGGCUGACGCUUUAUCGUUUCAGGUUGUCAUAGAUCUUUUUUUUGUACAAAAUCUUGUUUUUUUGUAACAAAAAUUGGCGUUGAAAGACUACGAGGGUUAAAUUUUGCGACUUCGAGUUUCAUUUAUCUGUAUUUACAAUCGCUAUAUUCCUUAUUUUCAACCUUCCCCAUUCGUACUUCGCGUGGGCGAGGGAUGACGUAUCUGUCCCCUCUAAACUAGUCCGAAGUCGACGUUCAAAAUUCGCGGGUGACUCUGUAUACACCAGCGUCAUAGAAUUCUGCAAUGUUGCCUUCUCAGAAGACUUUUGAGAGUAAACAAUAAUGUAUUUCAAAACUUUGCAAUCCUUAACAAAGUGCAAUUAUUUCAACUGAAGGUGAUAAUUUAAUUAGGGCUUGAAAGUAUUUUCAUUAUACAACUAUUUGAAUCGAUAACUAGUCCAUUUUAGUUCCAUGUUUUUAGGGGAACAUUCUAGUAAUUUCAUAAUCAGUACUGGUGUUAAAAGGUUACAGAAGAUUAUCGUGACACUAAUAUCGUUUAUUUUAUCUUGUAAUGACAUUUAUUUCAGCUUGAUCUUGACAAAGUAUGCACAUUAUCUUUCAGACAUCGACGAAUGCAGUGAGACUUAUCCUUCGAAAAUGAUCAAAUGUCAUCCGAAUGCCUCUUGUAUUAAUACUCAGGGCUCAUACAACUGCUCUUGUAAACCCACAUACAUGGGAAGUGGUUUUGAAUGCAAAGGUACGCUUGGUUUCUUAAAAACUUUUUAACUGGAUGGUUUUAACUGUAAAGCUACAUUUAUUUUCUGCCAUGUCUUUCAUCUUUCUAGAGUUUGCAUUGGAUAGACUUUUAAUUCAUUUCAGUCAUAUUUUUAAAUCUGUCAUAAUUAUGUAAACUAUGUUAGCAGUAUCUUUGAUACGCGACUUUGCUCAUACUGCGUGCAAAUGAACGCUGUGAUUUGGCAACCCAGCACCAGGUCUCUCAGGGAGUUGAAGAGUUCAAAUGCUUUUAAAGUUGUAUGUUUGUAAACUUUGUCCCUUUCCGUGAUGAGCCCAUGAUGGGCCGAGAAGAUCAUGGAUCUGUGUGGUAUGGGAAAAUAAAAAUGACCGUAGGCAUCUCAAAAUGAACACAAUUUAAAGAAAAAUAUUUUUUUUAGAAUUCGUGGCCGGCCGAAACUGUUUGGUAAGUUCGUGUAGGACUACCGGCGAACAAGUUGCCAGUCAAUGUUUCCUUGACCUUCCACUCCAUUCCGAUCAAGAUAGUCUGUUUGAGGCCAAAUGAAAACUGAAUAUGCCGAAGAAUACUCAAUUCGGCAAGUGAUAGAGAUUUACAAAGACUUAAAAGCGACAGAAUUAGCUUUUGGAUAUCGAAAAAUGCAAUUUCAAAAGCGAUAGGGGUUUUGGCUGCAAAACACAACUUGUCAACUUCAAGUGAUGCUUGGCGAGAGUCGGGCUAUUCUUUAGACCAGUAAAUAUUAUUUCAGUGUUGAUAUGUGCCUAAGGUAUUAUUCGAUCGGAGAUUUUUUCUUUCAAUUAUUCAUCUUUCACGAUUUUUAGCGCAACGCUACGCAAGAAUAUGGCCGUAAAGUCAUGUAAACAACGAUUAGUGCGUGGUGAAUCUAUCGCAAGAAGUGUAAACGUAAGAAAUUCGUUCGUUUUUUCUUCUGAAAACCAAGGAUAGCAUUUCUUUGAAUAUAGAGAUAUCCCUUGGUCAUUUUACCUUGCAGUUAAUGAAUAGCUUCUGAUAGCAUGUGUCUAUCUGGUGACACCGAAAAUGACUUUGAGCGUGCACCUCAAUUGGUCUCUUCCACGUUUAUUUCUGAGUAAAUCUACACUUUUUUUCCCAUAAAAAUUGAGCCAAGAAGAAGAAAGCAGGCAGUAUCGGACAUUUAUUCUGAGAGGUAAAUAAGAGAGUUUCUUUAAACCUGCGUAACUUUCAGGAUACUUUCGAGACUCUACAACAACAAAGAUGGAGGCUGCAUUGAACAAGGCGCCCUUUUGGGAACCUGGUACAGAGUUUGCCAAUCCCAACGUAAACUUGAGCAGUAAAAAGAAAGUCGCGUAUUUGCCUUCAACUAUCAUUCGAUACGCUGUUGAUAAAGAAGGGACUUAGAUUAAGAGGUUGCUUUUCUCAAAAGAAGUAAACUUUUACUUGCACAUAAUUUACAUAUAUGGCUUCUCAAUUAAAGAAACGACAAAUUUAUUCAAGCGAAAGUCGUCGACUUCCAUCCGGCGAUGCGCGAAUUUACCCAUGCAUUCGUCGACUCAAAUUAAACCUUAGGUGAAGCUAAAUAAAUCAGUAAACUACAUCAGUGUAUUACUUAUACCGUCAAGAACACAUUUAUUUUCCGGAAAAACGAUUCAUUUACAGCCUUUAAAAAAAGUACAUCAAUAUAGAGGCGAUAGAACACGAUAAGAGAAAAUUUGUCGGACUUUCAAGACAAUUGGAAAUGGUCAGCUGGAAAGCAUUAAAAAAAAGACAGAAAACUGCUUCAAUAUAGUACAAACUCGUACUGCCCUUUGGGAAAACAAAAUACAAAUGUUUCGGAAUACACUGCUCAGAAUAUUUCAGUAUUCGCUAUGGCUUUCACUGCGAGUUUUGACGGUUUCAUAUAUUAGAUGUGAGAUCAAAUAUAUUCUGGUUUGUUUACCUCGUCCAUCAUCUCGAAAGUAACUUAAAACUGUACAUUCGCUGUUUUUCACAGCUUUUAAAUACUUAUAAUCGAAUAUACUCCUUAGACUUUUAGUCGGCCUUUAUCAUUUCCAUGGUGUUGCCCGUGGGCAUUACCAUUGUAUAAUGCCCUGCUUUGAUCUCGCUCUUGGCCAUUCAGAGCGUACGCUAUAUCGGCAACAAACCAAAGCCAUAUGAGAAAUAGUUAUUAUCAUUCUCGUGAAAUGCAAGGUCUACUGCUGGUUGGUAAACUGCUGGAAUUACAUGAAUGUGGAAAAAUGUAUGUUAUAAUUGAUUCUAUAAUAACUGUUAUUCUCUUAAAAUUAUUAUUUUCCUUUCUAGCCGAUCCCUGUCAUCAUUACUCAAACCUGAGUGACGCCAAUCGAAACGAAAACUACAUAACGAUAGCAUCUGGACAAACGUUUUGUGACAGCCAACUCGCUGAGGGAUGGUAUCGUUUUGUGGGAGCUGCAGGAACAAAAAUGCCAACAAAGCGUGUGCCAGCAUUCAGAUGUGGCACAAACUGGUCAGGCUGGUUGACGACUGCUCAUCCCACAAUUGAAGAUGGUGAAGUUAACAGGAUGGUCUGCUUUAGUGAUCGCUCUACUGGUUGUAGGAAAAAAUGGUCAAUUUUUGUGAAAAACUGUGGAUUAUAUUACAUAUACAAACUUCUUGCGCCAAAAGAUUGUCCAAAUCGCUUCUGCGGGACAGACGAAAUGUGA